AUGACGGAAACAGAAGAAGAAAUGACUCCACUAGACAAAGAGGAGGGUGCCACAUCAUCAUCACCAACGAGUCAGAGUCCACAAUCAUUUGAGAAUGUUUUUUGCGCGAUUUGUGGUGACAAAGCGACCGGCAAACAUUAUGGAGCAUUGAGUUGUGACGGGUGUAAAGGUGUCUGCUGGCUCCUAUUGACAGUGUGCUCUGGACUUGCUGUGGGUUCAUGGCUCGUUGUGAUUCUUGUCGACUGCAUGAUGUUGUCUGGGCACGAUCAUCUCAUGUUAGAAUCCUCCAUCGUCCAGAAGAUCUGUUGUUUGAUCACGUUUCACAUCGAGUUCCGCGUGCAUUUGCUGAUUGUUUUUGUUUGCAACGAUCAGGACUUCUUUGACAGUUUCCAUCGUCUCCGUGAGUUGAACGCGUUCUCGAACAACAUUCGCUUCAUCGUUUUCGCUUUGGCUUCUGUCAUUGACGAUGUCGUUCAAGAUUGGAAUCCUAUCGAGUCCGCUUUCAUCACGAAAUCAAUAGUAUCCAUUCUUGAUUCCACUUGGAUGAUGUUUGUUGUGGUACCAGCUUCUUCUUGUUGA